UUUCUUCCUGGGUGCUGAUUUGGAGAGCGCUGGCUCGCUGGCUGGCUGGCUGGUGGCACUGCGCUGCUCCUUCUGCAAAGGCAAGCAAGGGAGGCGAGCCAGGCUCCAGAUCCCACUCCCGGCAGCAGAGCUUGCCUCAAUGAUGUGCGAAAUGGGCCUGGUCUCCCCGGAGCCAUACUGUGGGGAGGCCCCAGACUCCUAUUGCCAGGACGAUGACCGAUGGCAGAGGCUCCGCACCGCCGUCCGGAAGCUGGAAUUCUGGGAGAACUUCGAGGCCGAGCUGAUUGGCAGCGGAUUCUUCUCCAAAGUGUACAAGGUUGCUGCGAUCAACUCCAGCUGCAAGCCAAUGGUGGUGAAGAUCUAUAAGAACUACGCAGACCAGGAAGGGAUCGUGCGGGAAAUCAGUUUGCUGCAAAAGCUUUCCCAUCCCAACAUUGUCAGAUAUCUUGGGGUCUGUGUGAAGAAUGACAAGUUGUACCCAAUUCUGGAGUAUGUGAAUGGCGGUUGCCUGGAGGAGCUCUUGGCCUGCAAAGACAUCCCCCUCAGCUGGAAGGAGAAAGUGGAGCUGGCCUCAGACAUCACCCGAGGGAUGGUCUACCUGCACUCCAAGAACAUCUACCACCGGGACCUCAACUCCAAGAACUGCCUCAUCCGCGUGACCUCAAGGGGACGGGAGGCCCUGGUGACCGACUUUGGGCUGGCCAAGGAAGUGGUGGAGGUGCCAGCGGCGAAGGACCCCGAGAGGAAGCUUUCCUUGGUGGGCUCGGCCUUCUGGAUGGCCCCCGAAAUGCUGCGGGGGGAGCGUUAUGACCGGAAGGUAGACGUCUUCUCCUUCGGCAUCGUCUUGUGUGAGAUUUUGGGGAGGAUUCCGGCUGACCCAGAGGAGCUGCCCCGGACACAGGAUUAUGGCUUGGAUGUAGCUGCUUUUCAAGAGCUGGUCGGGGAAUGUCCGAAGCACAUUUUGGAUUUGGCUGCCAGUUGUUGCCGUAUCGAAGCAUUCAAACGUCCCUCAUUCUCUGAACUUCUGGAGCAACUGGAAGAUGCAGCAGAGCGGUUGGAAACCGCAACGGACAACCAGCCUCCUGGCUGAAGCCUUUGGCAAAGCUCUGAGCUGUAAAUGUACUGUGUAUAUCUCAAAAUGAAUGAAGGGAAUGGGAAACUGGAAACAGAGGACUUUUGGGAGGGAUGUGAGGGAACCAACAAUGUCUGCUUACUCAUUUUGGACAGAACCUGGUGGGUCAUUUCGUGAAAGAAGGCACUUGCGUGGCUUCUCUUCAAGGCCUCCAAGAGCCCACUUUCUCCAGCUCUGAUUCUUAUGUGGAAGAGCUCUAUGGAGAAAAGAAAUCCACUCAUUCAAAGCCUUCCUGGGCAAUGACAUGGCUUUACCUGGCUCUAGCCAGUGAGCCAAGUUGUAUGGUGCUGGGAGGAAGAGCAAGGAGCCUGGCAUAAUCAGUCACGGGCAUUUUGUGCCUGUUAUUAUGCCCUUCCUCCUCCAUUCCUCUAUCUCACGCCGACCUGAGGGACCCAAGGAACACAACCAAGGACUCGUUCUCAUUCGUUCUAGCAGAGCGUUCCUGUUAAUUAUUGAAAUGGGGUGCCAUUGAUUGGGAGGAAGGGAGGGAGAGAAAGGGAGAAGAUGCGGUGCUUUUAAGGCUUUUCACUGCCAUGGCCAGGUAAGGUUUUUUUUUU